AUGAUUGCUUGUAUCUCCCAAUCUGGCUACCCUGGCGAACACGAAGUCUUUUCGUCCAUCGACAGUCGCUCAGCCCCGUCGAACGUCAUGCCUCCGCUCCUCUGGAAAUUUCACCAACUUUCCCACUCAACCUGGACCCAGCCAUUUUUACUUCCGUCUGCCGCCCCCGUCGCUCCGCUUUCCUUUUGCAACAUUGAUAUUGGCGACCGUUACUCUCGAUAUAUCUCGCGAUCCCCGGAUAGAAACGAUUCAGCGUUGUUCAGCGUCAUCCUUCACCACUUGGCUCAAUACCCUGCACAGUCUCAUCAUUCCGGUGUCUCGAGACUCAACGGCGGCCAUCUUCACGGCCUCGAAGUCGUUAAGAGGAAUCCACCCCAUCCUCUGCUUCUGAUCUUAGCCCUUGCUCGACGCCGCAUCGGCAAUGCAAGGUAUCUCAUUAUCGCCGCUUCUUCGCCUGUUGGGCUGAGCAAAUCUAUAAUGGUCACCAAUAGAGCGGAGGGACCGCGAGGGUUCUUGUCGCAAUGGGCAGCAUUUAUCGCACCGUUCUGUCCACUAUCACCCACGCCGCAACGUCGGGGCUGGCGCCCGCUAGCCCUGCGUCCCCCUUAUCUGCUGUCCCUCGUUUGCUUGGUGGUUCUGUUGGCGCUCACCAUGGAAGGACUUCGACAGUAUAGCUUACGUCAAGGUGGACUGGUUUUCUUCAACGACACGAGUGAUGUGUCCUCUCUGCAAUCCUUCGCAUACAAUUGUCUGCCAAUCGUGGUUGCCCUCAUUUUGGUUAUGGUCUGGACGGUCACCGAUUUUGACGUAUUGCGCCUGGAGCCUUACUUUCAACUGUCGCUGCCGCAGGGUGCUCCCGCCACAGUCUUGUUCAUCAACUACAACUUCGGCCAAACUUUCCUGACGCCUAUCAAUGCGGCUCGCCGCCGCCACUGGGUCGUCUUGUGGACUUCCAUCUUAUCACUGUCGAUCCGUUUGAUUCUUCCCGCCCUGCAAAGUACUCUCUUCGAACUUCGAGAAGUAACGACAAAAAGCCAGGUGACGAUGAAAAGCUGGCCUGACUUGGUUGACCUAGAGACGCAGGCGUCGUGGAUGAUGACUCAAGCGAACAAGACGGUCGACUCCAUCCUUUCCUCCGAUGAACAGAUUCACCGGUCGCGAUCCAUGGAAUAUGCCAUCGCUCCAGUUGAGAUCCCUGGCAAUGACCAUGAGAAGGAAUCCACACUGUGGGUGUUGGAUCAGGAGCUCUAUUGGGCUCAAGUCGAUUGUCAGACGAUCCCGCUGGCAAACAAACUUUCCUUCACAAUCAAUCAACCCGAUGACGGCUGGGCAAGUGUCUCCUGGAAUGCCACCGACGUCGACCUGGAGGACGUGCAUGGCCACGCGACUCCCUGCAAGAUGGAUUUUACCUACAACAGCGUAUUUUUCCCAGCGACCGACUACAUGCAAAUCCGGUACUGGGAACCUGCAAUCAAUCCUGCUAUUCUGUCUGCCGUAGACAAUGAACCAAACGCUUUCACCAUCAGCGGAUGUGAUCCUUACGAUCUCUAUGGCAUGAUCAUUGCGAUCAAUGCCACAAAUGUCGCAGAUGCGACUGGCAUGAACGCGUCUUACGUGGCUUCCGGAGUUGGCAUCGCCUGUGAUAUUACUUACCGGAAGGCGCAAGCUCGCGUGUCCAUGCACUCAAAUAGUUCGAUCGAGAGCAUCCACAUCGAAUCCGCCACGACAACUGAAGUAACCGCCGCCGAAUUCAACAUCGAGAAUUUCCAAUCCUUACUCUCGCAGAGAGCUCCCUACACCAGCGAUAUGAUCUUCAUUCGUGAGAAUGAGACUACAGGCGGUCGGACGGUCACCCAGCUCCCCAUCAUCAGUCAGGAUAUUGGUGAAAUUCAACCAUUACUUGUACUCGAUACCACAAAAUUGAUGACCCCGGCAGCCUUUGAAUCGAAGAUCACCCGCGACGUGGAACAGACUUUUGUCCUCACUCUUGGCCGGUUGUUCGAUCCCGGAAACCGUCCUGCUGUCGUUGCCGGCUUCAAGCUCACGACUCAGGUUGCCAUCGCCGUUGUGCAGUUUGCGGCUAUCUGGUCUGAACUGAUUCUAGCGACGGCUGCCUUCACGGCUGUAUAUUUCCUUUUCUUCUACCGUUCACGUCAAACCUUCCUUCAAAGUGACCCUGGGUCAAUUGGAGCUAUGUGCAGUAUCGCAUCUGAUAUCUUCCACGACAACAACAUUCUGGCGCAGCCCCACAUUGAUUUUCAUCAGUUUUCCACUCGUCAGAUGCGGCGAAUCUUCAGAAAAGCUCGUUGCUACUGGCGUUCGGACUCAUCCGGGAACAGAUUGGAAAUACUAGCAGAGGACGGCUCGCCAGUUCAGCUUGGGGAAGAUUUGCGUGUACACGCUGAUCCCAUGCCCCAUUUCUUGGUCAUUCCUCUCUUUAUCGUCGAAUUCCUACUUCUUGCGGCGGUGAUCAUUCUCAUGUCUCUUGUGGUGUCUUCGCUCGCCCGUAAUGGGCGCUUUAAGCAUCUGACACAGACCGGUUCAUCGUCGCUGCAAGUCGUCUUGUCGAUCUUGCCAUCUAUCGUAGCCUCGUCCGUGGGAUCAUUAUGUACUUCUAUUUAUCGAAAUCUCUGUGUCCUCGAGCCGUGGGUCCAUCUUCAACGGGGUCAGGCACUGGCAAAGGCGUCCAUCUCAUUGAACUACGCGUCUCAAAGUCCCUUCGUCGUCUUUUUCAAGUCUCUGCGCGGCCGUCACGUGCUGCUCGGCCUCAUUUCACUCGCCUGUGUUGUGAACAUGGUCCUCACGGUGGUUGCAGGUGCUCUGUUCACCCAAGAACUGACUACGUCAACUCUCCCCACGGAAGACCUGAGGGCUAAUUACAGUCAUUCUGUGUUCUGGCGAACCGAUUUUGCAGCGGAGUUUACCGAAUAUGACCUGAUACAGACAAGUAUCACCAGUGGUGUUCCAAUGCUAUCCUGGACGAGCCCGAACCAGUCCUUUAUUCCAUUAGAUAUUCAGCGCCGGAAUCCUGACGUUACUUACUCUGCAACAACCCUCGGGGUCGGAUCACAUCUGAAAUGCUCUCCGCUCUCACCGACCGAAAGUUUGGAACAUAAUACCACUUCUGGUCGCUCUUAUUGGCGAUAUGCUAUGUUUGAGAAUGCCUCUCAAGAAUGUGUUGCUGCAAUGCCGACAGUGCAAAACGCGAAUGAGGGAAUUGAUUUGUCCAUACAGUUCCUGUCAGCAAGCGAUGUCAAUCACUCCGAUAUUUGCCAAACUUCAACGGUUGUCGUCGUCGGCCGUUGGAACUACAUGGCUAACACGCCAGUAACUACGAACAACACCAUCGCUCUGCACUGUGAGCCUCACGUCUUGCUCCAAAACUAUACCGUCAGUUUUGAUCAUAAGGGUCAAAUCGGCUAUCAUUAUCCACUACCACACACCUCCAUCACCGAGGGUAGGAUGUACGAGAAUGCCACCGUGAGCCUGGGACAAUUCAACAAAGUCUUUGUCGCAAUUCCUGAGGAUUUUGUGGGCAACACCACCGCCACCCAGUCCAAAACUUUCAAUAUCUCGUCUUAUGACUGGGCAGGCUUCUUGGUGGCACGGUUAUAUCGGCGCGCGGAUCCUGAAUUUGACUCCCUUGACCAGGAGAUGUUCACUGACCUGACUCAAGCUGUCUACCAAUGGGUGUACGCAACAUACUUUUCAAUCUGGCAUGAGAUUUAUCUCCAGCCUUUGAAGGAGCCACAGCUUGCUGCCAAUGCAACAGUGACGCAGAGGACAUGGGGGAUGGUGCCUUCUGUACCGGCACUCGCAGCGGCGUUUAUCAUCAUCAUAUUCGAUACCUUGGUUGUUCUGAUCGUGUUUAGCACAAGACACGGUCGGUUUAGAGCGCCGCGUAUGCCGCGGUCGAUUGGCACCGUGAUCCCUUGGAUUGCCCAUAGUCGUAUGCUUGGUGACUUCCAAAAUACCCAUACUUGGACCAAUCACCAGCGACGGGAGCAUCUCUCCAAAAUGGGCAAGAGGUACUCAUUCCGGCAGUUCGUCGGCGCAGACGGACGUUCGCGCUAUGCAGUGGACGAGGAACCUGCCAAUGCUAUCAAACAUCCCACCUCGCCUGCACCGUCGCCACCUGGAGUCGGCGAUGACUAUCACGGAUCGGAGCAGUGGAAAUCAUCAGCGGUCCAGCUCCGAGAACUGCCGGCCCAGGGUCCCCGACCGCGAGCCUAA